GGAGUGGGGGUAGGAGGGAGUUCCUCAAAUAUGCAAACCAAAGCCCGGCAUUGGAGGGGAAGAGCAGAGCUAGGAGAGAGUGAGGGGAGGGGCCGAGCAAGCAACUGGGAAUGGGGGAAGACACUGGGGUGCGGAGAGGAGGGGUGCAGAGACAGGGAGAUGAGAGACGAUUGGAGAAGGAGCGAGGGGGACGGAGAGGCACAGAGAGAGAUAGCUCGAGGAGAAGAGAUCGAGAGAGACAGGGGCAGAGGCAGAGAGAUGAGAGACCAGCUGAGAGGCUGCGGGAGAGCUUGGGGUCGGGGAGGGGAAAUGGACGGAAAGGCGGAAAAAGGACUCAGGAGCAGGGAAGAGGUAAAUGGAGAUGUGGGUUAGGGGGCAAGAAUGGGAUGCAGAAGAGGGAGAGGAGGAUGAAGGAGUCAGGAUGUGGGGCAGUGAGGAGGGUGUUUCUGUCUGGGCACUGGGUGAGGGGAGAGCUUAUUCCCUCAAGGAUGCCUGCUACCAGGUGUCCUUGCUACACCUUGUUCCCCAAGGACACCCAGCAAACCUGUGCCCUGCUGAGGGGGUUAGAACUGACCCCUCAGAGGCUGGAGGCCCAGGGCACAGGCAGCCAAGGCCACAUCCUUUUGGGGAGGCCUGGAGUGAGGGAAGCCACUUCAGAGGGCGGAGGGGGUCCAGCUGACUCAGGAGGGGGUCAGCGCUGAAUGGAGAAGAGGGAGGCCAGUUCCCUGGUGGGGUAGCCUGGCAACAUUCCCAUGCCACCGCACCUGGCCAGCUGCCAUCUUGGCAGAGCCAGGGGGAGAUGCACCAGGGAGUCUGGGGUCAGGAAGGCAGAGUUGUGUGGGCUGAAGUCUGCGGGAACCCCAGGGUGACACAGGCAAGGGGUAGAAGUCAGAGUGGGGACCAAACCAUAGACCGGGGCCCUGGGUUCUGCAGAGGUGUGGAUGGGGUGGGUGGCAGGUGCUCCUGUGGGGGGUCCCAGGUGAGGCCCUGAUGGCUCAUCAUGGGAAGGGGGCUUUGUGGUUUGCCUCUGCUAUCGUCAGGCAAUCUGGCCUUAGCCUUCAGGAGGAGAUAAGCAGAGGAGAUCAGUGCCUGUUUCUGACCCCAGGAGGGCCUUUUUGGGCUCCAACCUAGAGCCUUCUGGCUUCAGCUCCCAAGAGAAGUACCCCCCCUAACUGUGACCGGAUCAGGGGUCUACCACUGCCCGAUUUUCUCUGCCUGAUCUGGGGACUCAGGAGAGGCCACGGCAGCCACAGCCUAGGGGUGGUUCAGUCCCUGGCCCACAGUGCUGGUCAGUUGAGUCCUUCUGGGAACUGGGGCUAUGAAAAUUUUUGGCUUUGAGGACAGGUACCCAUGGAGGAAAACUUUCCUGAGGGGGUGAGGACCAAAGAAUCAAGAUCCUUUUCAAGGCCUGCGAUAGCCAAGAUGAUGAGAACUUUUAGAUAAGGCUGUGGGGAGAGUCCCUGGCCUUUUGAGCGUCCUGCUUGGGCAUGCGGGGAAUAACCCUUCUCCAGCUUCCAGUGUGAACUGAGAAAGGGAAAUCCUGCCUUUGGAGAAGCUGGGAUCUUCCCAGCACCAGAAACUUCUGCAGGCCCCUGCCUGGCUCAUGGCUAACCUUUGGGUGGGACUGGAGUUUCCUGAACAGGGAACAAGGGAGCCUUCCGCAGAGCUCUGACAGGCAGGCCUCCGAGGGCCUGUGCUGUGUGCUGUUAGGAUAGCUUGGUGUUGUCUACACCCCAUUAGUAAGUUCUGUCUGAGUGUGUCCUCGCUGUUCAUUGUCUAAUUUGGUAACAUUUAUUUUGGUCCUGACCCCUUAUGCUGCUGCUGGGUUUGAGCUUCAGUGCAGGUGGAAUGACAUUCAAAUAAAGAAACACUUUCUAUCACCCA